AUGAAGACAACUUUUAUCAAUAAUGCUUUGAUCCCAUUUCUGUUGUUUGAAAGCUUGGUUGUAAUCAAAAUUGAAAUAGAAAAGGAAUUGUAUUUGGACCCUACUACUGAAAUAGAAAAGGAAUAUUUGGACCCUACUACUGAAAUAGAAAAGGAAUAUUUAGACCCUACUACAGAAAUAGAAAAAGAAUAUUUGGACCCUACUACUGAAAUAGAAAAGGAAUAUUUGGACCCUACUACUGAAAUAGAAAAGAAAUAUUUGGACGCUACUACUGAAAUAGAAAAAAAAGGAAUAUUUGGACUCCCUACUACUGAAAUAGAAAAGGAAUAUUUGGACCCUACUACUGAAAUAGAAAAGGUAUAUUUGGACCCUACUACUGAAAUAGAAAAGGAAUAUUUGGACCCUACUACUGAAAUAGAAAAGGAAUAUUUGGACCCUACUGCUGAAAUAGAAAAGAAAUAUUUGGACGCUACUACUGAAAUAGAAAAGGUAUAUUUGGAACCUAAUACUGAAAGAGAAAAGGAACGAUAA